GGCGGUGCCAGCGCGAGUCCUGUUGGUGAAAAGUCCCAGAAGUGCACAGGCUCGGUAGGACAACUUGCAGCCCUUCUCCCUGGAUUAAGCCCUCUUUUCUGUCCUCACAACAAAUGUGUUUGCUGCUUUUGAUCCAUUGAAAAUUGAAGAGUCAUGGCCUUGUGGCUGUGUGCCCAGAUUUUCCAAGUUUCACAAUACCGAUGCAGAUAGGGCAAACAGUUUUGAGAAGAAAAGAACUUUGCUUUUUCUUGGCUGAGGGCCCAUGAGGAGAAAGAGGAGUAUUUCUCAACUGCAGAUAACACUGGGGCAAAAUAUGGCAACAGGAGUUACAGGAGAAGCUUCCAGGAAAUGAGUCAUUUGAAGACUGAGACCAAGAUUGGAAGCAUGGCCGACCUGAGGCAGCUCAUGGACAAUGAGGUGUUGAUGGCCUUUACUUCCUAUGCAACGAUCAUUCUUGCCAAGAUGAUGUUCAUGAGCUCUGCAACCGCAUUCCAGAGGAUAACCAACAAGGUUUUUGCCAACCCAGAAGACUGCGCUGGCUUUGGCAAGGGAGAGAAUGCCAAGAAACUUGUUCGGACUGACGAGAAGGUGGAACGCGUGCGCAGAGCCCACCUGAAUGAUCUUGAAAACAUCGUUCCCUUUCUCGGCAUCGGCCUCCUGUACUCCCUGAGUGGACCAGAUCUCUCUACAGCCCUCAUGCACUUCAGAAUCUUUGUCGGUGCUCGGAUCUACCACACCAUUGCCUACUUGACUCCCCUUCCUCAGCCAAACAGGGGCUUGGCGUUUUUUGUUGGCUAUGGAGUUACCUUGUCAAUGGCUUACAGGCUGCUAAGGAGCAGACUGUACUUGUAAAGAGAAUUGUGAUCUUCACCAUCUAAUUGAUUCUUUUUUUAAAAAAAUUCUAUAUUUUCAGUGGAUUCAAACACUUUCUGAGGUUUUAAUGUGUGAAAGGAGCAGAGAAAUUAGGAAUCAGGGAAAAUUCAGUUUAAAGACUAGCAUCAGUAGGCUCUAUUCUUUUGUAUUUGGGUUAGAAAUUUAAUAUAAUCAGCCUUAACUAUGUUGUCUAACUCCUAAAGUACUUUGUUAUAAGUCUUGAUUUCAUCAUAAUUUUUUACAUUUGUCUAUAUUUCCUAUGGUGCAUCUAUAAAAAGUGCACACACCUAUGUGAAACCUGGGUUUCAUUAUAGCUGAAGUAGACACAUAAAUUAAAAACAUUACAAAUGAAA